UUCACACACAUGUAUAAAUAUCACACAUGUAUAAAUAUGUGAAUUCACAUGCUGGUGGUGCUGAGUUACAUUUUGGCCACAGCGUCCCUGGGGCACGCUGACAGAGUGGGGGCUGCCAGACAAUGGCACCACCAUUCCCUCCGACCACUGCCAGAGGGUAAGGAAGGUGAAGUGCCCUGCCCAAAGAAACAAUGACUGUGACAAACUGAGCAGUAUGAGAACCUGCAACCCUCCAGUGAAUGAAAGAAGCAGAGAUAAAUGUGUUUCUGUUAGACACUGAUUAGGUUUUAUUCUUUUUCUUUUUCAGAAAAUAUGGGGUGAAAAACAUCAUCGCCACAGUUACACUGCUGGGAAUUCUUUUAAUAGUUAUUUUUUAUACGGAGCCUGAAAGUGCUUUUCCUGAUGAUUAUUUCAACACAACCAGCCUAUUGGAGACAUAUGCACUCACAGAAAAAAAUGCCACCACCCCAGAACCAGAAACACAACCACCAAAAUGUGGGCCAAAUAUGAAUGCAGAGAAUGUCAGUAACUUUGGAUCUCUCUCUAAUCAGAUUCAGGAUUUUCUUUACUAUCGUCACUGUCGCAGUUUUCCCAUUAUCCUGGACCUCCCUCACAAAUGUGGACGACCAAAUAAGCCCAAAGACAUCUUUCUACUGCUAGUUAUUAAAAGUCCCCCCAACAACUUUGAGCACAGAGAGGUGCUGCGCAAGACCUGGGCUAAGGAGAGGUCACAUAAUGGGAAGAAGAUUCAAACGAUCUUCAUUUCAGGAACAGAUGGUUAUGGAUAUGACAAAGAAAGGCUGAACAAACUCCUUGCACUGGAGCACAAACAACAUGGAGACAUUCUCCAGUGGAACUUCAAAGAAUCACUUUUCAACCUGACUCUAAAGCAGAUCCUUUUCCUGGAGUGGAUGAACAGACGCUGUCCACAUGCUCGUUUCCUGCUAAAUGGUGAUGAUGAUGUCUUCGCCCACACGGACAACAUGGUGAAGUAUCUUCAGAGCCUCGAGGACAACAAUGGAACCAAGCAUCUCUUUACUGGGCAAGUAAUUGAAAACGCUGGCCCUAUCAGAUGGCCGCAAAGCAAGUACUUUGUUCCACUUCAGGUGUAUGAUGGAAAUUCAUACCCUGCUUACUGCGGUGGUGCGGGUUACCUCAUGUCUGGCUACACUGCUUCAGUCAUUUAUGAGAAGUCAAAGUCCGUUGAAAUACUUCCGAUUGACGAUGUCUACAUGGGGAUGUGUUUGGAUGCAGCAAAACUUAAACCCACCACUCAUAUGGGUGUGAGUACACUUGGAUGGUACAUUCCCUCCAGAACGGUUGACAAAUAUCACCCUUGUUUCUUGAAAGAAGUACUUGUGAUACACAAAUUCUCUCCAGCUAGUUUAUAUAUUUUGUGGCAUGAAGUACACAACCCCAAAAUCAAGUGUGGUACUCAACUGUUAAAAUAAUGAAAAUCUCUUUCUUUUGACAUUUCACCUGGUUGUAUUUUAACCCUCCCACUGUCCUAACGGGUGUGAUGACCCCAUGAAGAAAGUUGACCAUUGAGCAGGGUUGAUGGUUUAUCUCUUGGGUCCAUGUGGCAGGGGUGAGGAGUGAGCACCACCUCACCCCUGUCAUGUGGA